UCCGUUCAAACCCUUGACAGCCGCGGUCUGAGAAGUGCCACAUUUUCCCGGAGUUUUUCCCCGAAAUACGUAAUUUUCGACGUUUUCCACAGAAGCGCACUCGGGGCCAGCGUGAGCCCCGAUGCCGGAGACUGGUGCCGGGAUGGAGCGACACUUGAGCGACGACGUGGAGCGGGUUUCGGAGAGAAUGGAGAGGUCUUUGUGUGUGGACACCGAGGAUCCUCUGGAAACGUACAGCAGACUGGUUCAGGAGGCGAAAGCUGCGGGUCGCGGUGGAGACAUGCACAAAGCCCUGACCCUGUUUGAAAAGGCCUACGACAUCCACCCGAGCGACAAACUCAAGUCACGCAUCCAGAAGGUCAAAGAGUUUUUAUCGGAGGUUCAGUCGGAGGAAGAAGACGACGAGGACUUUGUGGACGUAAACGGCUGCGGCCUGCUGCUUUUCAAAGAUCUUCACAAUAAACUGUACGAUUACCAAAAAGAGGGCGUGGCGUUUUUGUACAGACUUUACAACAACAGGCUCAAGGGAGGCAUCCUCGCUGACGACAUGGGCCUCGGAAAAACCAUACAAGUGAUCUCGUUCUUGUCUGGGAUGUAUGACUUGGACCACGUUAAGUUCACGAUACUGGUCGUACCGACAUCUUUGAUCACAAACUGGACCAAGGAGUUCGCGAAAUGGACACCGGGGAUGAGGGUUAAGGAGUUUCACGGGGCGAGCAAAAGUGAACGCACUAAGAACCUGGAGAAAGUUCAGCGAAGGGGCGGCGUCGUCAUCACCACGUACAACAUGCUGCUCAACAACUGGCAGAUCCUGUCGUCGCAUAACGGGCGGGAGUUCACGUGGGAUUACAUGAUUCUAGACGAGGCGCACAAAAUCAAAAGCACGGCGACCAAAACCGCGAAAAGUGCGUCCGCGAUUCCGUCGAAGAACCGGGUGUUGCUCACGGGAACGCCGGUGCAGAACAAUCUACGCGAGAUGUGGGCGCUGUUCGAUUUCGCGUGCCACGGGGAGCUGCUGGGGACCGCGAAGACGUUCAAAGCGGAGUACGAAAACCCGAUCACGAGGGCGAGGGAGAAGGACGCCACGCCCGGAGAGAAGGUGCUCGGCUUGAGGAUGUCGGAGAACCUCAUGGCGAUAAUCAGACCGCACUUCCUCCGCAGAACCAAAGCGGAAGUGCAGAAGCUGAAGCCGAGCAGCCCACCUCAGGAAAACGGAGACGGCGGUGAGAGGGCGGAGAACGACGAGGCGAAUCCUGGAGCGACGAUGCCAGAGUUGACACGUAAAAACGAUCUGAUAGUUUGGACGUAUCUGAGCGCGGUGCAGGAGGACAUCUACAGACAGUUCAUCUCGCUGGAUCACAUCAAGGAGUUGCUGAUGACGACCAAAUCGCCGCUCGCCCAGUUGACCAUUCUGAAAAAGCUGUGCGACCAUCCGAGGCUGCUGUCCGCCGGCUCGAUGGCGAAGCUCGGCCUGGACGAUCACGACGCCGGCGAUUCGGAGGGAGACACGGGGCACGACAUCACCAACGUACCCGACGACACGCUCAUCUCCGAAUCGGGUAAAAUGGUGUUUCUUUUCUCGCUUUUGGAGCGGCUGAGAGACGAAGGUCACCGCACGCUCGUUUUCGCUCACUACCGCAAAGUUCUGGACAUCCUGGAACGGAUCUUGAAAAACCGUGGAUUCAAAGUCAUGCGAAUGGACGGGACGAUAACGCACACCGCCGAACGUGAACGCCGGAUAACGCUGUUCCAGAAAGACCAGAGCUACACGGUUUUCCUCCUAACGACGCAAGUGGGGGGAGUCGGAAUCACGCUGACGGCGGCGAAUCGCGUCGUCAUCUAUGAUCCCAGCUGGAACCCCGCCACGGACGCUCAAGCCGUGGACCGAGCGUAUCGUAUCGGACAGAAGGAAAACGUUGUGAUUUACAGACUGAUCACGUGCGGCACCGUCGAGGAGAAAAUCUACAGACGUCAGGUUUUUAAAGAUUCGCUGAUCAGGCAAAACACGGGCGACAAGAAGAAUCCGUUUAGAUAUUUUAGCAAACAGGAGCUGAAGGAGCUUUUCACGCUGGAGGACACGAAGUCUUCGACCACACAGAUGCAGCUCCAGGCGCUGCACUCGAGGCAGAGGCGCACGGACGCAGAGCUGGACGAGCACAUCGCACACCUCCACGCCAUGGAGAUGUUCGGCAUUUCUGACCACGACCUGAUGUUUUCUGUGAACGCGCACCAGGAGGAGGCGCCGGAGGACCAGGAGCAGCGCCACUACAUCGAGGGCCGCGUGCAGAAGGCGCAGGAGCUGAUGAAGGCGGAGUGUGAGCUCCAGACGCAGCUGGCACAGAGCAUGGCGUCCAGCACGGAAGCAGCCUGGUUAAGGAUGGACCAACCGCCCAGAGAGAGGAAACCCCGAUACCCCACACAGGAUUUGGAGAGUCCUGGGUCUCACUCGUACCAGGACCACGGGGCCGUGGUGGAUCUGGACCGGUCCGGGUCAGCGGAGAAGAACGUGAUCGACCUGACGGCGGAGCAGAGCAGCGACGAGGCCACCGAAAACAGCCACGAGUCACAAGAAGAAACGCGCAAAAUCAAAACGGAACGUGGAAACUCUCAAAACUUUACGGAACGAAACUCCACAGAUCACGAAGAAGUGGUGAUUUCUGAUGACGAGACUCCACAAAACGGUUUCCAACAAAACGGCGUCCACUCUCCACGAAACAUCAAAUCAGAAAUGCCCCACUUCAUCCACAACGGAGACGUGUCUAUGAAUGAUUUGGAAGCGCAAGAAAAAGAUCAAAACUUCAGCGCGAUAAACGGACAUGAAAACGGCGUAGAGGAAAUCGAAAACGGCGAUCGCUCCAUGAAUAACUUGGUGAUCGAGGAUUCCGUCGAAGAAGCGAUGGACGUGUCUGCUCAGAACCUCGAGAAUAAAUCUGAAGUGCGAAAUGGCUUCACAAACGCAGUGGAAAUUUUGUCUGAAAAUCACAAACUCGACCAAUCGACCGGCGACAGCAGCUUGAGUUAUUUCACCGCCGACGAUGACGAAAAAACGCAACGAGCUAAAAUGGACUUGGGCGAAUUCCACGAAACACCGCUGAAGAACAAGCGUCUUUCCGUGAUGCAAGCGAGUUUUAAAUCUGAAAACGGGCCGAAUUCCAGCUACGUCAUGGACUCUUUGGAAGGCGAAUUUAACUUACAAUUGGACGACGACAGCAGCAUCAUUUCGGAUAACGAUAUUUUCAACGAUCAGAAGCAAACUGAGGAAGAGGAGCGUCAGAUUCUGUCCAAACUACAGUUAGACGGCAGUUUUAGUGUUGACAGGUCGUUAGCGGAGCAUCACAACAAGGAAAAGUCCGUAAUUAACGACGUUUCGGAGAUGAACACUUCGGAGAAUGACUCUGUUGUCGCCACGGUGAGAAAGAAGCGAGUGGCGAGGAUUUACAGCGACGACGAAGACGAGGAAGAGCAGGGGCGGGAGAAAUCGAACGUGAAGGAUUUUGAAGAAUCGUUUCACAUGUUGGGAGCGUCGACCCCGAAAGCCUCCGCCGCCGCCUCCGCGACUCUGAACCGGUCGAGGAAAAGUGUGAACACAUCGGUCGCCUCCAGACGCUCGUUUGUGAUGUCGCUGAUCGACGACAUCGACAACCACGAGGAGGAGGAGGAAGAGAAGAGCGGAGGGAGCGAACGGGACCACAGAGAGACCGAGGAAGACGAGUCUGAGGGAGAAGAGGAGGAGGAGGACGGACAGGCUGACGAGGGCGUUGAAGAGGAGUCCAGAGGGGGCGUGUCUGUGGGCGAUGAAGAGUCUGAGCCGAGCGGAGAGACCCUGAACUCUGAGGAAGAAGAGCUGGAAGAGGAGGAGGAGGAGGCACAGGAGAGCUUGGAGGAGUCGACCGCAGACGCAGAGCUGUCCUCGGGAGAGCGGAUGGACAAACUCGGGCCUCAGACGGAGGAGGAGGAGGAAGAGGAGGAUUACGAGACGGCGGUGAAGAGAGGACGAGAGUGUCUGACGCGAGGGCGACAGGAAGAAGCUCUCGGACACUUCCUGCGAGCGAUAGACAUGAAACCCGGAGACGCCGAGAUCCAACUGCUCACCAUCAAACUGUACAGACAGCUCAGCCAGAACAAGUACUGAACCCGGACUGAACCCGGACUGAACCCGGACUGAACCCGGACUGAACCCGGACUGAACCCGGACUGAACCCGGACUGAACCCGGACUGAACCCGGACCACCGACGGGGAGGUGACCGUCAAUCUGCUCCAACGGUUCCUAACGUCUAACCUGAAAUACAUUUUAAUAUGGGUAAAAUAAGUCUUGAAAUCGAAUUAAAAAAGGUCUUGAAAUUGAAAUCUGAAUGGCUGAAAGUUUUGAAGUUCCAGAAUUUCCUCCUCAAACAAACUCUCCUGUUUUUAUUCUGCAAAAAAAAGUCUAAUCCUGUAGUUUGGAGCUGUACAAACGUGUUCUGAAAUGUGGUUCUUGUUCUUCUUCUGGACGUGUUAAAUUUCUAAAUAAUAAAAUGUAAACUGAAAAAAAAAAUGCAAGUGCGAACCUCAUAUUCAAUAAAAAUUUUAUCACAAA